ACAAUCCAUAGUAGAUCUACUAAUAUAUUCAGUAAUUACUAUUUUUACCUACCAAACUUUAUCAAAAUGAGAGAAAUUGUUCAUAUGCAAACUGGCCAGUGUGGUAACCAGAUCGGAGCUAAGUUCUGGGAAGUGAUCUCUGAUGAACAUGGUAUUGACCCAACUGGAACUUACCACGGUGAUUCAGAUCUUCAAUUAGAGAGAAUCAAUGUAUAUUAUAAUGAAGCUACUGGUGGUAAAUAUGUACCAAGAGCCGUUCUCGUCGAUCUGGAACCUGGUACCAUGGAUUCUGUACGCUCUGGUCCAUUUGGUCAGAUCUUCCGUCCUGAUAACUUUGUCUUUGGACAAUCUGGCGCCGGUAAUAACUGGGCUAAAGGGCAUUAUACAGAAGGUGCUGAAUUGGUGGAUUCCGUUCUUGAUGUAGUCCGUAAAGAAGCUGAGAGCUGUGAUUGUCUACAAGGAUUCCAGUUGACCCAUUCUCUUGGUGGUGGUACUGGUUCUGGUAUGGGAACUCUACUCAUCAGUAAAAUCCGUGAAGAAUAUCCAGAUAGAAUUAUGAAUACUUUCUCUGUUUGUCCUUCACCAAAGGUUUCUGAUACAGUAGUUGAACCUUAUAAUGCUACUUUAUCAGUACAUCAACUAGUAGAAAAUACAGAUGAAACUUAUUGUAUUGAUAACGAAGCUUUAUAUGAUAUCUGUUUCCGUACAUUGAAACUGACCACACCAACUUAUGGUGAUUUGAAUCAUCUGGUAUCAGCUACAAUGUCUGGUGUUACAACAUGUUUAAGAUUUCCUGGUCAACUUAAUGCUGAUCUUCGUAAAUUAGCUGUUAAUAUGGUACCAUUUCCACGUCUUCAUUUCUUUAUGCCAGGAUUCGCUCCAUUAACAUCACGAGGGUCUCAACAAUAUAGAGCUCUAACUGUACCAGAACUUACUCAACAAAUGUUUGAUGCUAAAAAUAUGAUGGCAGCCUGUGAUCCUCGUCAUGGUCGUUAUCUAACGGUAGCUGCUAUGUUCAGAGGUCGUAUGUCAAUGAAAGAAGUUGAUGAACAGAUGUUGAACGUUCAGAAUAAAAAUAGCAGUUAUUUUGUCGAAUGGAUUCCUAACAAUGUCAAAACAGCUGUUUGUGACAUUCCACCAAGAGGUUUGAAGAUGUCUGGAACAUUUAUUGGAAAUACAACAGCUAUCCAAGAACUAUUUAAAAGAAUCUCUGAACAGUUUACUGCUAUGUUCAGAAGGAAAGCUUUCCUCCAUUGGUACACUGGUGAAGGUAUGGAUGAGAUGGAGUUUACUGAAGCUGAAUCUAAUAUGAAUGAUCUGGUAUCUGAAUAUCAACAGUACCAGGAUGCUACCGCUGAAGAAGAAGGAGAAUUUGAUGAAGAAGAGGGUGAAGCAGAUGAUGCCUAAAUUAAGACUUUCACUUUCUGUAAAGUCACAGUAUGGCUACAUGUAAUUUGAAACUAAUAACACUGCAAACAUAAAUAACACAAGAUAUAUGGAUAUACUACUCCUGGGUUUAUUACAUACUACAUUUCGAAACGGUAUGUGUUAUUAUCUUGUGUUAUUUAUGUUUGCCUUCCUACUUCUAUAUGUCUUAAAAAAUAUAAUAACACUGCAUUUUAAAGAUAUUUUGCGUACUAAUAAAUUGCCAUUACAUAUGUAUUGUGUUGUAUAUAUAUGUAAUUCUCUGUAAAUAGAAUUAUAUUUAUUAUUUUCUGUAAAUAGUGUUUUAUAUUUUAUUUUAAGUAAAUUUUUAUGGAUAAGUCACAUGAUAUACCAGUACUGUAACAUAGUUUGUAUGUUUUAUUAAAUUGUUUGUAUUCAGAAUAUACUUUUCAUUUCAAGCUGACAAUCUGAAAAAAAAUGUAGAUGUUUUGCAAUUACACACAACUUUGCUUCUAACAAUCUCAUUUGAAUUGAUAUUGUAACAAAACAGCACCAUAUAGUUUUCAAGAGAAGUUCAUCAAUUAAAUCUCUCAGUUU